AUGAGUUCAAGAACAAGUGACGCAAACCCUCCUCCGGAGGUCCCAUCAACAUCAUCCUGUGCCGCCCCAAACGGCAACCGCAAGACCAAGAAAUCCUACGUUUGUCCGAUCUGCUCGAAAAAAUUCGGCCAAAAAAAUCAGCUUGACUUGCACGAGAGGGUUCAUACGGGAGAAAGGCCAUUCAAAUGCCCCAGUUGCCCCAAAGCCUUCAGCCAAAAGCGUCACCUGGUCACCCACAACCUCAUCCAUACGGGCGAUAGGCCCUACCAUUGUCCCGUAUGCAUAAAAACUUUCAACCGAUUGUCCAUCAUGCAGGCCCACAGUCGCAAGCACACGGGAGUCAAGCCGUACCGGUGCUCGAGUUGCUUCAAGGCCUUCAGCGACAAGGCCAAUUGCCUGAGACACGAGCGCAUUCAUACGGGGGAGAAGCCGUACCGGUGCUCCAAGUGCUCCAAAACCUUCAACCAGAAGGGCAAUCUUAAGGUGCACGAGCGCAUCCACGCGGGCCUUGUGCCCCACCGGUGCCUUGUCUGUCUCAAGGCAUUCAGGCACAGUGGUAACCUCAAGAUUUAG